AGUAGGCAACAAUUAACAAGUUAAAUACCUACUUAUUAGUUAACAUAAAUUGAUCUCAAAUAUUUUUGAACUAAUUUGUAAAUGGAUUUUCAUAAAAUAUUGUAAAUCAAACAAACAUGGCAUUCUUGUGCCCUGUGCGAAUCAGACGGGGUAAAAAGAAAAAAUCAAGUAUAGGAGAUUCUGAAAAGGAUCUCUCAAGACCUGGCUCAGGAUUGAGUCCAGGUAUGGGCCGCAUCACCGGCUCUGCAAGUAUCGAGACUCUAGUCCGAGUUGGCAUUGAGAAGGAACAUGGCCUGAGUCCAGACUCGAAAAUGGUUGUGCUUCAUGAUUUUACACCAUGUGUAGAUGAUGAACUUGAGGUGAAAAGAGGCCAAAUUGUAAAUGUAUUAUACAGAGAGAAUGAUUGGGUGUAUGUGAUAGUGGCAGAAUCUAGACGAGAAGGAUUUAUACCACACUCUUAUUGUGCACCCUGUGAACAUCAUGACUUGAAAAAGAAAUUGCCUAGAAGCCGGUCACCUACAGAUUUAGCUCAUAGGGAUGUUUCACAAUUAUCACUAUCAGAUGGUGCAACAAAUGAUGUACAUUCAGAGUUGGGAAGUGAAGGUGACGCCUGUCCAUUUAGCAAAGACCCAUCUGGGCGGUAUGUAGUACUGUACACAUUCACAGCAAGAGAUGAAAAUGAUGUAGAUGUAGAAAGAGGGGAAUUUGUUACAGUGCUAAAUAGAGAAGAUCCAGACUGGUACUGGAUAGUGCGCAGUGAUGGCCAAGAAGGUUUCAUUCCCUCUGGCUUUGUGUAUCCAGCUGUAGUACAAGCACAACAAGAAACUCCCCAAACAAUUCAUUCAUCACAAGUUAACACAAAAACUAUCAACAACACACAAAAAGACAAUGACACUAGAUACCAUGGGACAGAGCUAGUCAUGCUCUACGAUUAUAAGGCACAAGCACCGGACGAUCUAUCAGUGAAAAGGGGAGAAUGGGUAUACGCGGACCUAACACAGCAAACAGUAGAAGGCUGGUUAUGGGCUCAUGCGCCUAAAUCACGGCGAUCCGGCUUUAUUCCCACUGCAUAUGCGCGCACGCCGCAUACUACAUCACUGUAGUUGGCAUGAAACGUCAGUAUCCAAAUUAUGUACUAAACUUAUAAACAAUUGUUUAAAACAUCAGUUAUUGAACUCAAAACUUAAAAUUAUAUCUUUAUUAAAAGCAAAUAAGAGUUAAUAUUAAAUUAUGUUGACUUCAUGCAAAUUCGAGCAUUCAUUGUCAGCACAAUAAAUUUGGUGUCAUAUUAAUUUAUUUUUUUCAAUAUUAAAAAGAAUGAUAACUUUGUAUGCUGUUUCACUAUUUAGAUAUUGGUUUAUCAAUAUAUGUAUGAUACAAGUUAAUUUUUAUGAUGUUAAUAUUGAAGAUUAUGAUUUUCUCUCGAUAUAUCAGAUUGUAGUGUAAUUUUGCUUAAGCACAAUGAUACUGUAAAAACAUUACUUUUUUACUAUAGAAACAAAAAAUACUUUGUAUUUGAUUGUUAGCCAAUAUUUUAACUUUCUGAUUAUUCUGAGAUGUAGUAGUAUUAAUCUAGAUGGGUUUACUUUAUACUAUUAUAUAUUAAGUCUUAAGAUUCUUGCCACUUGUACUGUAAACUAGGAUUAGUUUAGCAGUUAGUUUGUUUUUUAAGAGAAGUAUUUUUGCAUCAGCUUUAUAAAGGCCAUAUUAAAUUUUGUAUAUUAGAAUUUUUAUACCUGUAGGUAAGGUUGGCAUUUAUGUAAUAUAUCCGUCCAAAUUUGACUGAAAUUGCGCUUUAUAUUUUCUAUGUAAGUUAUAAUAAUUGAAUUAAUAAAUAAUUUUAUGAA